AUGUUCGACCACAAACUAGUGUCUUUUGACGUGAAAUCGCUGUUCACCAGUAUUCCACUUCAACUGGCUCUAGACUGUACUGAGAAUGCUAUUAAGAACUCUACUGUUGAACUACCACUACCUACAGACGACAUUAUGGACCUACUCAACCUCUGUUUGACUUCGACGUACUUUCAGUACAACGGCAAACACUACAAACAGUUACACGGUACAGCUAUGGGCUCUCCAGUUUCUGUUGUUGUAGCAGAAAUUGUCACGCAAAACAUCGAGGAACAAGCCCUAACUACUUACACGCGAACUGUACCUCUUUGGUUACGUUAUGUUGACGACACAUUCACCGCCGUACACAGAGACAGAAUCGACGAUUUUCACGAACACCUUAACAGACAGAACGCGGACAUACAGUUCACCAAGGAGAUCGAAGAAAAUGGUAAGAUACCUUUUCUAGACUGCUUGGUCACUCGCGACAACAACAAACUACUAAAAACGACUAUUUACAGAAAACCAACACAUACCGACCGAUUACUAGAGCAGUCUUCGUACAACCCGACCUCUCACAAGGCUACUAGUAUCCGGACUCUGACGAGACGAGCACAACUAGUUUGCGACUCACCUGACAGCCUACAAGACGAGACUGAUUAUGUUAACAACGUUUUUAGUAAGAACAAUACGGACAACAACAACACGGACUUUGUUAGGCGGAACACUCACAGUAACACUGAUUCCAACUCUCAGACCAACUCUGGCCCUGUUGCGACAGCGACUAUACCGUAUAUCUGGCACCUCUGAAACUAUUGCACAUAUAUUACAACCUUACAAUAUACGUGUUGCACACAAACCGAUAACCACUUUACGGCGACUGCUUACUAAUGUCAAGGACAAAGACAAACCGGAGGACAGACAGGGAGCAGUAUACAAGAUCAAAUGCUGCGACUGCCAGGCUUUUUAUAUUGGUGAAACUGACAGAAACCUAAGCACACGACUGACCGAACACAAACGCGCGACGAGGAAGUCGCAGCAGGUAACUGAAGCCUCAGUUCUGAUCCCGAGGUAG